UUAUUGCUCUCAAGAAUCAAACACAGCCAAAACUGAAGUCACCGCCUUGUUCUUCUUCGUGUUCUUCUUCGUCUUUUUUGCUCUCUUUGGAGGGUUCUUUUGUGGAGAACGGUGCGGAUCUGACCUCUCACGGUAUUUUGAGCUGUGCCAAUGUCUAAAGUCUUCGGCUUUUCCGGAGUUGAUAAUUUUUGCCCUGGUGGGUCAAUAUAUGCCUGUGGCAACCCCAAGGAAGCAAGUUUAUUCCUUCCUCUUGGUCCACAAGUUGAUGUUUACUUUCCACCUCGGAAGAGAUCGCGGAUCAGUGCUCCGUUUGUUUUCAAUGGAGAAUGGCUUGAACAGAAACAAAAGACAUCUAUUGAAUCAUUACCAGAUGAGUGCCUCUUUGAGAUCCUUAGGCGGUUGCCUGCAGGACAAGAUAGGAGCGCCUGUGCUUGCGUUUCCAAGCGCUGGCUUAUGUGUCUAAGCAAUAUUUGCAAGAGCGAAAUUUGCUGCAACAAAAGUGCUGCACCACAGAGCAGCCUUAGUGUAAAAGAGGGGGAUGAUGAGGAAUUUGGUGGCGAGGGAUACCUCUCCCGGAGCUUGGAAGGAAAGAAGGCAACAGAUAUUAGACUUGCAGCAAUUGCAGUUGGAACUGCAUCUCGAGGAGGAUUGGGGAAGCUUUCGAUCCGUGGAAGCAAUUCAGACCGUGUGGUGACCAAUCUUGGUCUCAAAGCAGUUGGUCAUGGAUGCCCUUCUUUGAAGUCUCUUUCUCUCUGGAAUAUUGCUACAAUUGAUGAUGAAGGCUUAAUUGAGAUUGCAAAUGGAUGUCAACAGCUGGAGAAGCUUGACCUUUGCAAGUGCCCAGCAAUAACGGACAAGGGUUUGAUUGCAGUUGUGAGGAAAUGCCCAAAUCUGACAGAGUUAUCGUUGGAAUCUUGUCCUAACAUUGGUAAUGAAUGUCUAAGUGCUAUUGGGAAAAGCUGCUCCAAUCUGAAGUCCAUAGCCAUCAAGGACUGCAGUAGUGUUGGUGAUCAGGGAAUCGCUUGCUUGUUUUCUUCGACGAAUUUGCUUCUGUCGAAGGUGAAACUACAAGCACUGACUAUUUCCGAUCUAUCGCUUGCUGUUAUUGGACAUUAUGGAAAGGCAGUUACGGAUCUUGUCCUCAAUUCCCUCCCAAAUGUCAGCGAGAGGGGUUUCUGGGUUAUGGGCAACGGUAAUGGAUUGCAGAAGCUGAAGUCACUUACAGUUGGGCCCUGCCUAGGACUAACAGAUGUUGGUCUUGAAGCCGUGGGGAAGGGUUGCCCAAAUCUGAAAGCCAUCCACCUUCGCAAGUCUACACUUUUGUCAGACAAUGGGUUGGUAUCAUUUGUGAAGGCCACUUCAUCUCUAGAGAGCCUACAAUUGGAAGAGUGCCACAGAAUUUCCCAAUUGGGUUUUCUUGGUGUUCUUUUCAACUGUGGUGCCAUAUUGAAGGCAAUUUCUUUGACGAGCUGCUUUGGGUUCAAGGAUCUGAAUAUGGUAUUGCCCCCAUCAUCCCCUUGUGAAUCUCUUCGGUCCUUAUCAAUCAUUAACUGCCCUGGUUUUGGUAAUGCUACCCUCUCUGUCCUGGGAAAGCAGUGUCCUCAGCUUCAACAUGUUGAACUGAGUGGACUCAAUGGUGUGAGAGAUGCUGGGCUUCUCUCAUUGCUCGAGAGCAAUGAAGGUGGUCUGGUCAAAGUUAAUCUCAGUGAUUGCGUAAAUCUGACUGACAAAGCUGUUUCAUCAUUGGUAAAUCUGCAUGGUUGGACUCUUGAGGUUCUAAACCUUGAUGGUUGUAAGAAUGUCAGUGAUGCUAGCAUGGUGGCAAUUGCUAAAAAUUGCCCAUUGCUAUGUGACCUUGAUGUUUCCAAGUGCACGAUCACUGAUACUGGGAUUGCAGCCCUGGCGGAAGCGAAGCAGUUCAAUCUGCAGAUUCUUUCUUUGUCAGGUUGCAGUUUGGUUUCAGAUAGGAGCUUGCCAUCUUUGAAAAAAUUAGGCAGCACCCUUUUGGGACUAAACAUCCAGCACUGCAACUCAAUAAGCAGCAGCACAGUCGACAUGCUUGUUGAACAACUCUGGAGGUGUGACAUCCUCUCAUGAGCAAGAACAACUAAUCUCCCUCCCGCAAGUUAGCCCAGGAUCGGAACAACCUCGACGCUAGUUGGACAGUUAUGAUUAGUAUUGCACAGUAGUUUUUGGGUCCAUUAACUUUUGGGUCUUGAUCAUCAUCCAGCGACUCGGGUUCACUUUUUUUCAGGGCUUGCAGCCAUUUCACCACAAUUUUUUGCAGGUUUCCUUUGAAAUGGUAACCUGUUCUAAGGUUUUUUGGCCGUCCCAUUCAUGGGAUUGCCACCUUAAUGGCUGCAUUAUCUCUGAGAACAUAGUUACCUGGUUCUGGAUUUAGGAAUCUUUCUUCACCAUGUUUAUGGUUUUUCAGCUACUUUUACCAGAGUCUUUUCAAUGUUGUUUUACCAAAUAUGCCACAAUGUUUGGGUCUCCCUUUUACUCAAAGGGCACAAUAGGUUCCACUUUGUGUUGUUUUUAGGUUGCUUGCAGUUGUUGAGUUCAGAGUUAAUGAUGCCUUGUCCUUAUAGUGGCUUUGGCCAUGGCAGCAAGUUAUACAGUUCUGCCAUGACAACCUCUUCUCUCUCCUUUGGGAAGUUGGUUGUUUUUUAUAUUCCAAGGUCCUAGUUUUCUCAAGGCUUCAAUUUUUUUUAUGGACUUGUAACUGCAACUUCUAUACAAUGUAAUGAUGUUCAUAUGUGCCCUUUGUGCUGUAAUGCUAUGGAAAGUUAUGAAUAAAAUUUGUAGUUUGGUUCCAAA